AUGGCAUGUACAUGCAGGGCAUCUUUUCAUCCUAUAUGUGCAAGGGAGGCAGGACACAGGUUGGAGGUUUGGGGAAAAUAUGGAUGUGAUAAUAUUGAAUUGCGGGCGUUUUGUUCAAAGCACUCAGAGAUCCGUGAGAGUAACAGGUCGCAACAAUCAGGAGAUCCUCGUGUUACUGUUGCAAGUAAUAUCUCUCUUACCAAUCAUCUUCCUUCAUCUAUGAACAAGUCAAACAAGUUAAAAGAUGGAUGCAACAAUGGGGAUAAGAUGGCACUCCACGUAGAGACUCCUGACGCAAGCUCUGAUAUAUCUGGCAAUAGUGAAUCACAAGAAAAAGCAAUGUCUGACUCCAAAUUAAAUGCUAGAACUGUGUCAGACUGCAAUGAAGCUCAGCAACAUGUGAAUGUGGGAAUGCUAGAGAGGAAGAACAGGGAAGAUAUCAAUCCAUCUGAAUCCCUGAAUUUUGUAUUGAUUUUGAAGAAGUUAAUCAAUCGGGGAAAAGUUGACGUGAAAGAUGUAGCAUCGGAGAUUGGUGUCUCACCUGAUUCACUAAGUGCCACACUUGCUGAUGGUUACUUGCUGCCUGACUUGCAAUUGAAGCUAGUUAAAUGGCUCAAAAGUCAUGCUUACAUGAGUACUUUGCAAAAGGGUCUGAAAGUCAACACAAAAUCUGGGAUAACAUCCAUGUCUGAAAUGGGCACAGUUGCCUGUUCCGAUGGUGUAACAGUGUCAGACUCAGAAAUAUCAGAUCCUGUUGCUGUUAAGUCAGUACCCCCACGGAGAAGAACCAAAAGUACGAUUAGAAUUUUGAGGGAUAAUGAAAUAAUGUGCUCUGAUGGAAUUUGUGGUUACAAUGGGGUUGUUGUGGACAAGAUUAAACCAGAUCAGCUUAUUAAGAAAGAAGAAGAGGAUUUGAGUGGCGUAUCUGUUCCUGACUCAACUGUAAAGGUAAUCUUGUCAUAUGUAGACAUUUGCUUCAAACCUUUAUGUAGCAAAUGCAUAUUGCCCAUUUGCUCCCUAGAUAUCUAACUAUCAAUUGAAGUUAUGUUUAUGUUGUGAAUUGGA